UUCUCUAAUAAUUAAUCUUUAAUUGUAGCUAGCGCUAGUUAUGUCACAAGUAGGAGAGACAAACUGGCCUUCGGAAGGCUUUGUUGGGAAUGACGACAAGAGCGUAACGACACAAGCGGACGACGAUUCUCUUUUCGAUAUCCUGCCUUUCGAAGAACUCAACGAUGAGAUCGAUGGUUCUCAUGUUGAUGCGGGUGACACUGUGAAUACUGACGAGACGGUGAACGUUGUGGGGAAAGAUGCUGCAAUAUCAACUACUCUGGAACUGAUGAGCUUGGGCCGAUCGAGAUUGAGAAAGCUACCCGACAUGCAGUGCGCAGUAGAUUGGAUUAUGGGACGGAAUCUGGUGACGAAUAGGACUGUACAGUUAGCAGAACCGCCGGCUAAGACGAUUAAAAAGAGCGAAGAGGUUAAGACUGGAUUAGAACAGGAAAUCAAGAGGAAAAUCGAGCGGAAAAUCCGGCCACCGAAAUUAAUAGACGAUGACUUCCUCGAUAUAGGGGACGUUCAAGAUAUAUGCCCCGCUUGCACUACACCGUACUGUACCGCUAUUGACUCGCUUCCAUUCAAAGGUAGCUUACGGUUAAGUUACAACGAUCCCGAAACGCAUACCUGGUCCAUCGGCGACAAGUAUAUUCUAACGGAGUCGAUCGACGACGAAGGCCCAGAGCAGAUUCACGUUCCAUUAGUUCGGGCGACGCAACUUUUUAAAAGGUCGAAGGUGCCGGUGCCAAAUGUGCUCGCAGGAUGGAAAGAAAGCGGGAGGAUCAUCACGAUCUCCGAAAAGGCGGAGGGGGAGCGAUUAUACGAUAUAUGGUGGGACCUCGACCAGGACCAGCGAGAGGCGAUCGCGAAAGAGGUGGCACGAUACAUCGGCCGAUGGCGAGCAUGUGUGGCAGAUUCGAUCUCGAGCUUGUCAGGCGGUCCGGUGUGGGGACACGACCACCUCUUCGGCACGCGGCAUUCAGGGUUCGGACCGUUCGCAAACGACGAGCAACUAUGGGAGGCCAUGCACGAGAAACUAAAAGAGCGAAACGUGCACGAAAUCGUAAUCCAGACGCUGAAAGAUUACAUGCCGGAAUCAGCACCGUGCCUGCUAACGCACGGCGACGUAUCGAGCUACAACGUGGUGAUCCGCGACGGCAAGGUGUCGGCGAUCUUGGGGCUCGAGAGGGCGGCCAGAUUACCCGCGUGGGCCGAGUACGUGGCGGCGCAUUUCUGCUGCUGCAAGGAGGAUGAGCAGUGGAAAGCGAUGCUCACUAGGCACAUGACACGUUACCCACGCACGAGGGACUGGUGGGCCCUGUGGGCCUCGGCGACCACGAAUGGGAGCGGGAAGCGUGUCGUCGCCAAGCUGGUGGCCCGCUGCAGACGAUGGGAGAAGUCGCCGCGGGAGAAGCGCGCGUACGAAUUCGACGCCGACGAGGAUGAGUGGCGCCGCGACGAGGACGACGAAGAAGGAAAAAACAACUUUCAAUACCCCCCAAAAAGCUUCUUGUCCGAACUGAUGCCGGGAUUGGACCUACGACAUAAUACCUGGGAAGAAGAAGGAGGAGGCGGAGGAGGCGGUGGGGCGAAGGGGAAGAGGAGGAGCAGAGCGGAGUACGAGUACGCGCUGCAGCAGAAGAAGAAACAUCUUAUGAAGCCGCGUCGCUACACAGAGCUCCUCGAGGACCCGGACUGGCAGGAGCCCGUGGGCUCGCAGUCAGGGGAUAGCGACAUCAUCGUGCCGCUGAAUGACUUCGCGCUCUCGGAAAUUGAGAGGCGCAUGGAGGCCGAGAGGGCCAGGAUUAAGGAACAGGAGGCCGCGGACGGGUCGCCGGCGGUGCCGAGGAGGAUCAGUAUCGAAAGGUGGCUUGCCGAGAGCGUGAGGGGCAGGAGGGCUAUCCGUCCGCUUCUGGCCAAGCUUACGACGGAUUUCAAGGGCGAGGUCCCGAUUGUUAGUCCGACCAAAAGUCCUCCUUGGAGGGAAAGACAGCGGUCUUUCGAAAGACCCCAGAAUAACAACGCUCCGAGGGGGUUAAGGCCUUUUAGUUUGACUCAGUCUGGAGAUGUAACCGAGGCGGCGAAGAAGAGCCUGAGGGAAAUAGGCGAGAGACAGGAAAGACUCGAGGAACACGAGGAGAGCGAUAGCCGGGAGAGGGCACUAAGAUCCCUCGAGGGCGGUAGCGGUGGGGACAAUGUUAACGCCGCCGCCGCUGCUGCUAUAGCUAUCGCUGGCAUCCCCGUCGAUAAGACGCCGGAGGAUAAGGCCAUGGCUAGGCACAGCUCACCCGCGCAGCAUUCCGGCAAACGCGCGUCGAUCUUCCCCGAGAGGACCAGGCCGGGGUCGCUUUACUUGGCUGUCGCGACUGCGGGGGCUGAGGGGCGGUCUAGGCGAUACCGGAGAAGCCGUUCUGAGGAACGAGCUGGGGAGGUGGUGGAGGAGCAGAGACAGGGCGAGAAUACUACUAUUACGGAUCAGCCGCCCCCGCGUGCACGGUCGCAGAGUGUGAUGCCGCAGAGUGCUGGUGCUGGUGUUGGUGCUAGUGGGGGGACGCAACCGGGGCACAUGGUUCACGAUCCGUCUGUGGGGUGACGUAUUAAUCGCUUUGGUGCAAUGCAAGACCCCGAGGGGUAGAAUCUAGAUCGAUGAUAGGAUUUGUGAAAGAUAGGCGAACGGAACCUCGUCUUCUUAUUGGUCUGUGGUGGUGACCCUUGCCAGAUCCUUGGUGUUGGAUGUGGAUGGUGGUGAUAGUGAUGGGAUCCUUCAAAAGCAAAAGUUAUUCCCAGCAGUCCCAGUUGGUUUUCACGCAGGGUACCUAGGCUUAUUUUUUUAUUCUUUUUCUUUUCCGAGUUAUUCAAAGCGAUACGGAGUUCAAGUUCAUAGUCGGUUCUACUGAUGGAAACUGGUCCUUUUUAUAAGCAUGUUACCACAUACGAGAUAAUAACACAGACACUACAUAAUCGAUGUUGUCUAGGUACCUGCUCAGUUGUUGUCGACCCUUGUUCGUA